AUGGCAGCCGGGAGGCGGCCCGGGGGGGCCCUGCUGCUGCCGCUGCUGCUGCCGCUGCCGCUGCUGGUGCUGCCGGCGGCGGGCGGCGGGUGUGCGGCGGAGGGCGGCCCGCUGGAGCCCUUCGAUGCGCUGUACGCCAGCGGCGUGGAGGCGUACUACGGCGGGGACUUCGCGGGCGCGGCGCGGUGCCUGGAGCGGGCGCUGCGCAGCCGGCGGGAGCUGCGGGCGGCGCGGCUGCGGUGCCGGCGGCUGUGCCGAGCGCAGGUGCGGCUGGCGGCGCCGGGCCCGGGCCCCGGCGGGGACCUGCCCUUCCUGGGCUCGGUGCUGCGGCGCGCAGAGUGCGUGCGGCGCUGCGAGGAGCCGCGCCUGGGCGCCGUGUCCCGCCACCGCGCCGCCGAGGAGGUGCGCGCCGACUUCCAGCGCAGGGUGCCCUACAGCUACCUGCAGCGGGCGUACAUCCAGCUGAACAAGCUGGAGGAGGCAGCCAAUGCAGCUCACACCUUCUUCAUGGCAAACCCUGAGCACAUGGAGAUACAGCAGGACCUCGAGAACUACAAGACCACGUCAGGGAAGGUCAGCUUGGUUGACCGGGAGGCCAGGCAGCACAUGGAGGACUACAGUGCUGGGGUGAGGCACUAUGACAAGGAGGAGUACGGGCUGGCCAUCGAGUUCCUGGAGCGUGCCUUGGAAGGAUACUACUCCGAGGAUGAGGACUGCCAGAUCAUGUGCGAGGGGCCGCAGAGGUUUGAGGAGCACGAGUACCUGGACUACAAGGCUGGUCUCUAUGAAGCUAUUGCAGAUCACUACAUGCAGGUCCUGGCCUGCAAACACGACUGUGUGCGAGAGCUCGCCACGCGCUCGGGCCGCAUCUCGCCCAUCGACAACUUCCUUCCCCUGCAUUACGACUACCUGCAGUUCGCCUAUUACAGAGUUGGUGACUAUGUAAAAGCCCUGGAGUGUGCCAAGUCCUACCUGCUCUUCCACCCGGACGAUGAGGAUGUCCUGGAGAAUGCAGGUUAUUACGAGGAUCUCUUGGAAGGCACAGUGGAUCCAGCCACCAUCAAACCCAGAAAGGAGGCCAGAGCGCUGCUGCGGCGCCACAAGCUGGAGUCCCACCUGCUGCAGGUGGCUGCGGCCGGGCUGGGAUACGCCUACACCGAGCCGAACUACUGGAACAGGUAUGGCGCCCGCCAGGACGAGCACAGUGUCCCCUCAAGUAUCAGCAGUGAACCAGAGGAUGGGCCCCGGCUGUCCCUGACAAAGAAACCCAUGCCCAAGCCCAAUCGAGAGCUGAAGGAGGGGGGCCCUCUUCUGUACAACGAUGUGAAGUUUGUCUACAACUCUGAGCAGCUGAACGGCUCCCAGCGCGUGCUGCUGGACAACGUCAUCUCGGAGGAGCAGUGCCGGGAGCUGCACAGGGUGGCCAGCGGGAUCAUGUUGGCUGGAGAUGGUUACAGGGGCAAAACCUCCCCCCACACCCCGAAUGAGAGAUUUGAAGGAGCCACUGUCCUCAAAGCCCUCAAGUACGGCUACGAGGGCCGUGUCCCUCUGAAGAGUGCCCGCCUGUUCUAUGACAUCAGUGAGAAGGCUCGCAGGAUCGUCGAGUCCUACUUCCUGCUCAACUCCACGCUCUACUUCUCCUACACGCACCUGGUGUGCCGCACCGCGCUCUCCGGCCAGCAGGAGCGAAGGAAUGAUCUGAGCCAUCCCAUCCAUGCUGACAACUGCCUCCUGGACCCUGAGGCCAACGAGUGCUGGAAGGAGCCUCCUGCCUACACCUUUCGGGACUACAGUGCCCUCCUGUACAUGAACGCAGAUUUUGAAGGUGGCGAGUUCAUUUUCACCGAGAUGGACGCCAAAACUGUGACAGCCUCCAUCAAGCCCAAGUGCGGGAGGAUGAUCAGCUUCUCGUCGGGCGGCGAGAACCCCCACGGGGUGAAGGCGGUCACCAAGGGGCAGCGCUGCGCCGUGGCGCUCUGGUUCACCCUGGACCCUCUCUACAGAGAGCUGGAACGAAUCCAGGCAGAUGAAGUGAUUGCGAUGUUGGACCAGGAGCAUCUAGGACCCAGUGAAAUGAACAUCAACCCAAAGGAUGAGCUAUGAACUAGGCCAAAGACUUUUUCUAUUAAAUAUUUAUUUAAUAUUGUUAAUCUUAUUAGAACCUUUCUAUUUUUGUACAGAGAUGCUGUAUAAAUUAACAGGUUAAUAUGGUUGUGGAGUUUCAGGAGUGCCUCUUCUGUGUUUAGCACAGCUUUUGCAGGAACCUUCAUCCCUGUGCCAGCAUCUCCUGGUGGGGCUGACUCUGCUUCCAGCAUUCCGUGUUUUUCUGUAGCACUUCUCAGGACUCAUUCAGGCCCACUCUACCCACUUGGAGAACCUAUUUUCUUUUGUUUCUCAACCAAAAAUAGCUGCUUCUCUUUAUCAUCUGCUGGAGGAAAGUCUCAGGUGUCCUAAUGACCAGUCUUCCUGCUCCUGCUUCCUGCUAGGGGAAACUGGAGCACAAAAACUGGAGUUAUGACUGUCCCUCACCAUUUGAAAUAUGCCUUUUAGGGGACAAAAAAAGGAAAACACAAGUCCUAGCAAAAGGGAGAUACCUCUGUAGCCAUGCAAAGCUGGUGUUUGGGCACUAAUUCUGAGCAGAGCUUCCAGAAAUCAGCUGCUGAGCAGGGGCAUGAGCCUGGCACGGGUCAUGGUUUGUUUGUUGCUGUGGUUGUUUGCCAGAGCUGUGUCUAAAUCCAGGGAAAAUAAACAAAACACAUCUGGGCUGGUCUUUGUCUUUCUUCAGUCAAAUGUUAGAAGGGGAGACUGGGGAAUUUGGGGUCUGCCUCAUGAUGGUAGCUGUGCCUUUGGGGUUUCCUGCCUUAGACCUUGGAGCACAGCCCCUCUCCGUGCUGGAGCAGCGUGGACUGUGUGUGUGUGCUUUUGGCUGUCUGUCCAUCUUCCUUGCUGUGUGUCCAGCUGUGCAGUAACCCCCACAUCCCUCAGGAAGGGAGAAGACCCUGGGCCAUGCUUUUCACUGUGCUGCUCUGCCAGUGAGACCUGCUGGCAGCCUGGGCCAGGCUGAAGCCAGGAAACGGGAAUGCAGUGAGUCAAAGGCACUUCUCCUGUUUGUUUGUUUUUCCAGCUCUCUGCUCUGGCAAAGUCUAGCUCAGAAGUGGAUUUGUAUUUCUGCUGCAACAGCAGAGGUGGGUGCCAAGUUUGUUGGCACUCUGUGGCCUCGCAGGAGCAAGUGGCAGAACUGUUUGGGGUAUGCACUAAAGUACAGUGUAGGUUUUUGCAUCUGUUGUACCCAAGUGAGAUGGGUUGCCACCACGGUGGCUUGGACUGAGAAAUUAAUUUUAACUCUUGGAUUUGAUGUAGGGGCCCUUACUCCAGGUAGUUGCUGAAAGCUUCUCUCCAGCCAAAAGCUAACCCCUGAAACCUCACCUGAAAAUAAAACCUGUGGAUACUUACAAAUUCCUGAAUCUGUAAACAAGGCUGAAAUAGCUAAAGCUCUGUCUGUCCAGUGGCUACAGUCUGAAGGAACCUAGACAUUCCAUAGGCAUUAGCCUGAGAGACUUUCUGAGGCAUUAAUUUUAAGCAACUGAACCUUGCCAAUGUUCUUGUGUAGGCUUAGGGCCAUGUGGACAAUCAGCCUCCAACAACUCUACUGGAUGACGUCUAAACCUCAUUAUUUCCAAGCUGAGCCAUGAAAAACUUAUAAAAUAUGGUGUGUUGGGACUUUUUGUAUAUGCUCUUAAUUUCCCACGCUCUUGACUGACCUUCCAAAAUACAGCAGCUCUGAUUACCCUGUGAGCCCCACUGAGAAGCUCUGCCAGCAGCCAGCCUGGCUGAAAACCCUCUGCUGCUGCCACUCCAUCCCACCCCAGCUGCACCCCUCCUGCUGUAUUGAUGCCGUGGGAAGGCUGACCUGAAACAGAGACUGGACAGAGCUAGAGAAUACAGUAGGUAUUUAUUGAAAGGUCUCCAGGAUUUAUUUUGGGUAAGACAGGAGCUUGACUUAAGGCUACACCCAGGAUGGAGUAAAAAUGAUCACAAAAUUGCUGACAGGUCACGAGAUCUUACAUUUUUAUAAGUUUUGGUCCAUUUGCAUAUUGGUGUUUAAUUGUCCAAUUACAGCUUCGGGAUGUGAGGUCUCAUCCUUCCUGUUUUCUCUCUUUAGUCCACUGUUUAUGCUGUUGGGUUGAAAGUUGUGCUUGGUCCUCAGCAGGAAAAGGAUUUGUUUUGUCUACCUACUCUGUGAAGAAAGCCUGCUAGCACUUAAUAUGGGGCUCGGAACUGCACCCCUAGGCAGCACAGAAUCUCAAAAUAUGAAAGCUGAAGGUUAAGCCAUCAGUAUCCCCACCCUGCUGCUGUCUCUCUGACCUGGUGGUGAAGAAUUUGGGUGGCACCAUCCCCACCGUGAGGUUGGCAGUCCCUGUGUGAGGGUGUCUCUACCUCGAAGGAGCUGUGGCCAUGGGUGGGAGCAGAGCCUAGCCUGAGCCCUGAGCCUGCAGCAGCUCAGCCAGGGAAAGGAGUGGGCAAAGCAAGGAGAUGGAGUUUGCACUGAGCCCUGCUCAUCCGUCCUGCCUACGCCUGGGCAGAGACACCCUGAACACUCACAGGCAGCUGAACAUCUUCCCAUGAAAAAUUGUCAUUAAAAAAAAAAAAAAAAAAAAAAAAAA